UCCCCGCGCCUCCGCUCCGCGCCGGCCGGGCGGGCGGGCCGGGCAGGUGCGCGCUGCGGCUGCCGCUGCCCCGCUCCCAGGUGACGGCGAACCGGAUGCCUUUGGCGGGCAGAAGAUGUGUCAUGGGAAGCAGGCGAGCGGCGGCGGUGCCCUCCCGGCGGCGCGGCGGCGGGCGCUGGCCGCGGCGCUGUGGCUGCAGCUGGCGCUGAGCCUCGGCCCGGGGCUGGCGGCGGGCGGGUUUGAUGACCUGCAAGCGUGUGCUGACCCUGGAGCUCCUGAGCAUGGCUACAAGACGCCCAGCGCAGGUGUUUUCUUUGAAAGCGUGGUGGUCCGGUUCCAUUGCCAAGAAGGAUACAGGCUCAAUGGUACUUCCAAAAAACUUUGUGUGAGACACUUUAAUGGCUCCUUGAGCUGGAAACCCAGUGAUAAACCUGUGUGCCUACAAGAAGUCACAGAUUGCCUUGUUCCACAUGUUGAAGAUGCAGAGGUUCAUAACAAGACAUACAGGACUGGCGAUAAGUUAAUAAUCAGCUGUCAUGAAGGAUUCCAGAUCCGUUACCCUGACUUAGACAACAUGGUUUCCAUAUGCCAAGACGAUGGAACAUGGGAUAAUCUACCCAUAUGUCAAGGUUGCCUGAGGCCAUUGGUUCUUCCUCAUAGUUACAUUAACAUAUCUGAGUUCGGGGCCUCCUUCCCCGUAGGAACAGUGGUGUAUUAUCAGUGCUUUCCUGGAUAUAAACUAGAAGGGGCAGAGAUCCUUGAGUGCAUGUAUAACCUUAUCUGGUCAGAUAGCCCACCUAGGUGCCUUGAUGUGGAAGUUUGUCCACUACCUCCAAUGGUGAGUCAUGGAGACUACAUCUGCCACCCGCGGCCUUGCGAGCGCUACAACCACGGGACGGUGGUGGAGUUCUACUGCGACCCUGGUUACACCCUCACCAACGACUACAAGUACAUCACCUGCCAGUAUGGAGAGUGGUUCCCCUCCUACCAAGUGUACUGUGUCAAAACAGAACAAACCUGGCCAAAUACACAGGAGACCCUCCUGACUACAUGGAAAAUAGUGGCAUUUACUGCUACCAGUGUUUUAUUAGUACUGCUACUGGUUAUUUUAGCCAGGAUGUUCCAGACCAAAUUUAAGACACAUUUCCUUCCACGAGGCAACCAGGAGGGCUCCAUGGGCGACCCUGACUUCGUGGUGGUGGAUGGUGUUCCUGUCAUGCUGCCUUCCUACGAUGAAGCUGUCAGCAGCGGCUUGAAUGCCCUGGCACCCGGAUACUCAGCUGUCACAGACCAGGGGCAUAUUUUGCAGUCAGAAGAUCAGAAUCCCCCUGCUUACCCCGGUCCCAGGAUUCCAGACACACAGCCCAAUGAAUUUGAGACCUGUGACAGUAGGUCGUGUUCCUCUGAACUGCUCCAAAGUUUGUACCCAUCCCUGACAUGCCAAGCGGCAGCGCUUCCCGGCUCAGAUCAAACUGACGUAUCCCACAGCACUGACGGGGACGCUGCAUCCACGAGUCCCCGGAUCGAUAUCACAGAUGAGAUUCCUUUGAUGGAAGAAGACCCUUAGCCUGCACUGAGUCGUGUCCUCGUCACAUUGCACUGUUGGGUGACAUGAAUCAUGAGGAUUCAGAGAUAGAAAAGACUCUCUGUGGAUUUGGGGAGGGUGUUUUCCUACUUAUCAAUCUUCCACGCGAUGAUGUCACCAGGUUGGGUGUAUGUCUUAAUCCACAGCGGGGAUAACAACGUCAGCAUUUGGAACAGCAGCAGUUUUAUGAAUGAAUCCUGGGGAUUUGAUGAGAGCAGAUGUAGAAAAAGAACUGUGGCUUUUUAGAAAUUAAAUGUAUAUCUGCAUCGCAGAAAGUCAUACAGCUCUGUAAGAAAUGCUAUUGGAUUUUGAUACUAACUGCCUCACAAAAGCAUGUCAAAUUAUGUAAAUUUGCUUAUAAAGACUGCUUUAAAUUAUCUUUGGACCUCUAGUUUAUGAAGAAUCCUUUCAAGUGUACAAAAUAUCAGUACUGAAACACACACAAAAAAAGAGGAAAGAUCCUCUUUGGCUUUCCUAUGAUAACCAGGAAGUUUUUGAUUUAGUUGUUGGUGAUUUUGCUUCAGACCAUGUCUGCAGAAAAUAUAACAGAAAUGAUGGGAUUAAUAUAUACUUUGAUGUACAAUAGCAAAUAUAUAUAAAUAUAUAUAUAUAUUUAAAAACUCUUAAAGAGAAAGAAAAGGAAAGAUUCCCAGGUCACAUAACGAUCUGGAGAUUUUUUUUAAGGUAAGGCAGAAUUUAUAUCAUAGACAAUAUUCAAAGUAAAGUAUCAAUAUUUGUAUUUAUGCACUUCUGUGACUACAUUGCAUUUGAUAAAUCCUGCUGUAAUAUGAGAGAUCUAGAAGAUGUUAAAAUUAUGAAAUACAUGCUUAAGAAAUGUUGAACUGCCAUGCUUCAACCUUUCUUAAGCUCUUAAAUAUAUAUAUAUAUAUGAGAGUAAUCUACAGUCAUCGCCCAGAGCACUGCCUUGUCCCUGUACAUUGUGGUAGUAUUCUGAGCCAUUAUUGUAGAAUACUUUUUUUAAAAAAAUAAUAAAGCUGAGUUUCAGUUCUUUUGACUUA